AAAGUCCAAAUCCCCAGAAAACUGCUAGACAUGGACACCGGUGUGAUUGAAGGUGGAUUAAAUGUCACUCUCACCAUCCAGCUACUUAUGCAUGGAAAGGAAGUUGGAAGCAUUAUUGGAAAGAAAGGAGAAUCGGUCAAGAAGAUGUGUGAAGAGAGUGGUGCACGUAUCAACAUCUCAGAAGGGAAUUGUCCUGAGAGAAUAAUUACUCUGGCUGGACCCACCAAUGCCAUCUUUAAAGCCUUUGCAAUGAUUAUUGACAAACUGGAAGAGGACAUCAGCAGCUCUAUGACCAAUAGUACAGCUGCCAGUAGACCCCCAGUCACCCUGAGGCUUGUGGUCCCUGCUAGCCAGUGUGGCUCUCUCAUUGGAAAAGGAGGAUGCAAGAUCAAGGAAAUAAGAGAGAGUACAGGGGCUCAGGUCCAGGUGGCAGGGGAUAUGCUACCAAACUCAACUGAGCGGGCCAUCACUAUUGCUGGCAUCCGGCAAUCUAUCAUUGAGUGUGUCAAACAGAUCUGCGUGGUCAUGUUGGAGACUCUCUCCCAGUCUCCCCCAAAGGGCGUGACCAUCCCGUACCGGCCCAAGCCGUCCAGCUCUCCAGUCAUCUUUGCAGGUGGUCAGGACAGGUACAGCACAGGCAGCGACAGUGCGAGCUUUCCCCACACCACCCCGUCCAUGUGCCUCAACCCUGACCUGGAGGGACCACCUCUAGAGGCCUAUACCAUUCAAGGACAGUAUGCCAUUCCACAGCCAGAUUUGACCAAGCUGCACCAGUUGGCAAUGCAACAGUCUCACUUUCCCAUGACGCAUGGCAACACCGAAUUCAGUGCAGGUUUGGAUGCAUCUGCUCAGACUACUUCUCAUGAACUCACCAUUCCAAAUGACUUAAUUGGCUGCAUAAUCGGGCGUCAAGGUGCCAAAAUCAAUGAGAUUCAUCAGAUGUCUGAGGCUCAGAUCAAAAUUGCCAAUCCAGUGGAAGGAUCUACUGAUAGGCAGGUUACCAUCACUGAAUCUGCUGCCAGCAUUAGCCUGGCCCAGUAUCUAAUCAAUGUCAGUUUAGAAAACGCCAAACCCUCCUCCCAGGCAGCCUCCGUCAUGAUCCCUGAUCACCUCAGCAUCAACCUCUCUCAACUCUCCACCCCUUCUUCUUCUUCCUCCUCCUCCACCACCACCCCCUCCCUCGCCACAGUGGGGACCUCCGACGCACCCUCCAGCCUCCCCAACCCUCUUCCAACUGCCCCUUGUGUCUCCAGUCUGCUUGGCAUGAAACCCAUCCCUCUCCCGGCUCUACAUGUUGUGUCUGCUGCUAAGGGUCCCGGGGCUUCGGCUGCCACCACCACCUCUGCCGUGCCAUACGUAACUAACAAACUGAAAGCUGAGAAACAGAGAUUUUCUCCCUACUGA